GCGCAAGAGUUAUGCCGGGCUGAAGGUGUCAAAAGCCGCGUACACAUCGUUUUUCACGUUCUUGUUUUACCAAAUAUUGUAGAUUUUAAGUGAAGCGUCCCACUUGAAAAUAGUGAUUAAUUGAAGAAUACUGGGUAUUCUUCUUGAAUAUAAACACAUUUUGUGCUAGUUUGAUUGGUGAAAAUGGCCUCCGCUGAAAACACAGUGAACAAAGCCGCAGAUAACGGCAAAAAAUUGAACGUUGGAAACUUGCCGAAUGACGUGACUGAGGACGAGCUACGGGAGCAUUUUAAGGAUUUUACUGUGGAAAAUGUUGAAAUUUUCCAUUAUCUCAAGUACACGCUGGCUUUGCUGUUGUUCAAGGACAAGGACACUGCAACGAAGGCCCUCAAGGAAAAGGAAGGCUCCAUGUUCCGCAACCGGCGUUUGAGAAUGCACAUCGAGUACAUAGCCAUCUGGAACAUCAAGAAGAAUGUGUUCGUCACCGUCGUGGAUGACAACACGACCGAGGAACAGGUCUACGACAAGUACAAGGAUGUCACCGAAAUCACCGGUGUGCUGGUGUUCCACCCUCUGGCAUACGUGUCCUGCAAGACACAGGAACAAAAAGAAACGGCUAUGAAGGAACUCAACUCUGAAGAGGUCACCGUCUACGAUGUCACCGGACAUGAUCAAAAUCAUCACAUUGAAAUCUGGCGCGCCGCCAAGCUGUUCUUCCGCAACAUGAACCGCGUGUCGUUGAUUAAUCUUCCCGAGAGCUGGGUAUCCAACCAGGAGGAACUGAAGAAGGCCGUUGCCCACACCGGCACCACGACCGAGGUCAAGGUUAUCAACAACAGCCACGGUGCCGUCGCUCAGCUUUUCUACGAGAACGAGGAAACGGCCAAGAAGGCCGCCUUGGAACUCAACCAGAAAAUCUUCGACGGCAAACGCAUCCACGCUCUGCACGUGACGGCGGCCCUCAUUCCAAACUACGAAACGAGCGUGUACCUCACAUCCCUGGAGAAAGCCACAUCCGAGGAAACUAUCUACGAUCAUUUCAAACAGUUUGGCGACAUUGAAUUUGUCAGCCGUCGUAAGUGCGCUGACGAGCAUGCAGUCAUCUGCUUCAAGGAUGCCAGCGCUGUUGAAAAGGCUUUGGAAUGCAAAACGCUCCCAGUUCCAAAGGCUGACAGCGACAAGACCGAAGACCGAGCUAUUACCGUAAAGAAAUACAACGGACCUUUGAUCAUUGAUCUUAAACCAUCACAUGUCAAGAAGCUGUUGGAAGAUGGAGAGGAAUCCAAAAUGCGCCCUCCGCCACUCCCGUUGGCUAAGCUGUGGCCAAUCUAUGUUUCCAAUCUGCCCUAUACCGCUGACAAGCGCGACAUCAGAGAUUACUUCUCCAGCGUGGGUGGCCACAUCAAGUUCAUCUUUUCGCCAAAUAUUCCAGCCUACAAGACCAGCCAAACGUCGAUGGUGAUGGCUGCCUUGAUUUACUACGCACGUCGCGAGCAGGCCACCGAUGCUAUCAAGGCUUUCAAUGGCAAACACUUCCAAAACCGUUGCCUGCACGUGUUCCCAGGACGCAAGGACACAUACUUCAAUCCGGAAACAUCGGUGCGCUUGGUUCGUUUGACAAUCGGUGUAACCGAAGAAAAACUGUUCGAAAAGUUCCGCAAGUUCGGUUUCAUCGAGUGUGUGGUCAAACGUAAUCGUAAUACGGCGCUCAUUGAAUUCCGCGACAAGGAGGUCUGCGAUAAGGUUCUUCAGCUUUCCGACAGCGAAAAGCCCGUCCGCUGUGGUAUCGAACCGUUGACCACCAAGGUCAAUCGCAAAAUUUUCAAAGAAAACGACGAAAAGAUCUCCCUGGCGAUGCAGGACAUUAUCGACAAGAACCCGGCUGUGUUAGAGAACGUACAGUCGACCAGGUUCAGCGGACCGCCACCGCUGAAGCGUGGCCGUUUCAACGGCCCAGAUCCAAACUUUGGCAACCGUGGCGACUUCAACAACGGAAACGACUUCAGCAACCCGCAAGUCAUUCAGGAUCUGCUCCGCUUGGCAUUUAUAUCCGGCAAGAACCUAGGCGAAGGCAUUGCCAGCGGAAACAACAAUCCCUUCAAUAGCUCUGAUUCGCCGCUGUCCGGAUUGAACCUGUCCAAUGGAUUCAGUGGCCGCAGUUUCGGUGGCGGAUCGAACAGUUUUGGAAACAACCCGGGCAACCGGGGCAACUUCGGAGGUAACCUGAACAACCCCGGCCAGCGGAAUUUCGGCGGUAAUCAGCAGCAGAACCGUAACAACCCUGGCAAUGCCUUUGGCGGCGGUAGUAACCAGAACAAGUUCGGUGGCGGCAACUCCAACAACCAGCAGAACCGCAACCAGAAUCAGAACCGUCAGGGUGGCGGUAACAUGAACAGACGAUUCUAGAAAAAUGGCCGCCCGUAAAAUCCGGUAAGAACACGAUUGGCGAACGAUAGUGGCCAACUCUGUUUCCGAUUGCGAUUUCGAUACGGAUGACUAUUUCGUAGAGAAUCGCCUUCCCCGACUUUUUUUCCAGCGAGCAGAAAAAAAUAUUUAAAAACUACAUUGUGUGACCGUAUGGAAAUCAUAUUAACGAAGGAAAAGAGGCAAUUUGCAUACAUUACAAUUUGAUAUGACUAUGGAGAUAUAACUACAUUUUCAAUGGUGAAACAAAAUAUUCUUACUUUUACGAUUUAAUGGAUUUUAGACGAUCUUGAUUUUGAUAUGUGUAUGAGGAUUAUAAAAUAUACAACAAAACGUAUUGUAAUUCCACAACAAUUGGUAGUUUCAUAAUUGUAAUAAUUACACUUAAGAUUUGAUUUUAUUUAAUCGCAGCAUUACAAGCAACUUAUUGUGGAGAAAGAAACUUGAAAUUCAUAAAACAACACUACAUAUUUAAAUGGUAUUGAAGGUUAAACAAAUCAAUGGAGAUUUUGGAAUAAUUAGCAAAUGUUCAUUGUAUUAGUAAACUUUAACCAUUUUGACAAGAUCAAAGCAUAACAACAAAACUAUUGAAAAAUCUCGCCGGAGGUGAUUACUGGCAAACACGAUUUUCGAGACAUGGUUCGGGAAAUGGAUCACCUAAUGUGAUCUGACCUUGCUUCCUUGAUCUCUCGCGCUGCGCCCCGGCGAAUUUGAGUGGAAUAUGAUGAUCAUAAAUUAUUAAAAAAUCUAUAAACGUAAUCUUAUCAAUAUAAGAAAGUUUGUCUUUUGCAUCUUGAACAAUUAUUAAAUGAAAAACAAGUAAUGAUAUAGUGGAAUUUUUCGCACUUACCCAUGGAAAAAACGUCGCUGUCAACUGGAGUAAAAACAAAAAUAAAUUUCCGAUAAGGAAACAAAAGAGAAAUGUUUUCAGUACUUCUCGCUGUGUUGGAAGGAGAAUGAUUCUUCCAACUAAUAUGCACGAUGUCGAAUGUCAAUGGAUUUUAAAUGUUUGAGUCCAAUUUUUAUGAGAGGUGGCAGCAACGUAGUGCGCUAAAUAUGGUAGAAGUUAGUUCUUUUUUGUUCGUUUGAUUUUUUCUUUCCAUAUAAACUACACUUUCUUCGUGUUUUGGAUAGUAUACAAACUCUGCAUGAACGUUUCCUUUCUUUUUUUCAAUAUUUUAUGAGAUCCAAUUGCUUCAGAAAUAGAAAGCGAGAGAGACACCCCCCUCAACCACACAAACACACACACAAAUGUUGAAGCUUAGCUAUGGAUCAAAAAAAGAGAAUCAACUGAAGAACUGUUCGUUCAUUGGAAGAGAUGGUGGUCGAGCCGAACGCAUUUCUGAAACCAUCUUUCUGUCGCAGCAAAUGUUCUUUUUUUUUUCGUCGGGGACUGUGUAGAGCACUGCUGGCAUAUUGACCGGUUGGCUACACCGGGACCAAAAAGCAGAACAUUGCGCUGCCACCAGAGAGAUGUGGAUGAAUACACCCACACACAUCGUAACUGGAAGAAACAGAAACAGUAAAUGAUUUAGAGUCAACGUGUCUUAGUGCGGAUGUUGACACAAAUUAAUAUUAAACCUAAUUUAAGUGUGAAUAAUGGUAACAUUAUAAACUAAUAAAAAUAGUGCAAAACGUACUGGAAAGCUGUA